CAUCCCACGCUGCAGCUAGAGGAUUUGAGGGAGAGGAUGCACCUUCUGGACUUAAAAAGAACACAAACGGAGAUCAUCUGAGGUCACACACUCACAUCGCUCCCUUUUUACCUGGAAAGUACAAUCAUUGUCAACAUGCUGGUCAACAGUACAUACAGGAACCUGGAGGACGGCUUCUUUCUAAAUUCAUCUGGCAACGGAACGCACAGUGAUUCUCACGGCAGCGCAGUCCUUAUCUCCUUUAUCUAUUCGGUGGUGUGCUUGGUCGGGCUCUGCGGGAACUCCAUGGUCAUUUAUGUCAUUUUUAGAUACGCGAAAAUGAAAACCGCAACAAACAUUUACAUUUUGAACUUGGCGAUCGCGGACGAGUUACUUAUGCUGAGCGUGCCUUUCUUGGUGACAUCCUCGCUACUACAUCACUGGCCGUUUGGUUCGUUUUUAUGCCGUCUCGUUUUAAGCGUUGAUGCUGUUAACAUGUUUACCAGCAUUUAUUGCUUAACUGUAUUAAGUAUUGAUCGAUACAUCGCUGUGGUACACCCAAUCAAAGCAGCCCGAUAUAGGAGACCUACAGUUGCUAAAAUGGUCAACUUCGGUGUGUGGAUGUUCUCUAUUUUGGUCAUCUUGCCCAUCAUUAUAUUCGCUACUUCUACACCAAACUCGGAUGGCUCGGUCGCCUGUAACAUGCAGAUGCCUGAGCCACAGCGUCGGUGGAUGGCUGUAUUUGUAAUUUAUGCUUUUCUUAUGGGUUUUCUUUUCCCGGUCAUUGCUAUAUGCAUGUGCUAUCUUCUGAUCAUAGUGAAACUGAGAGUGGUUGCUCUGAAAGCAGGCUGGCAACAGCGCAAAAAGUCAGAGAGAAAGAUUACCCUCAUGGUUAUGAUGGUGGUGACUGUGUUCGUGAUGUGCUGGAUGCCUUUUCACAUAGUGCAGCUCGUUAACGUUUUUGUAGAGCAGCAUAACGCAACUCUUAGUCAGCUGGCGGUUAUUCUAGGUUACGCCAACAGUUGUGCCAAUCCCAUUUUAUACGGCUUCCUAUCAGACAAUUUCAAACGCUCGUUCCAAAGAAUUCUGUGCCUUCGGUGGAUGGACAAUGCAACCGAGGAGCCCAUCGACUACUACGCUACGGCUCUGAAAAGUCGUGGAUACAGUGUAGACGAAUUUCACCCGGACAAUAUGGAAUCAGACAGCGCAUACAGAAAUGGGACGUGCACCUCAAGAACUACAACACUGUAGUGGGCUGCAGUAGAGCGGCGUUUUGGUGACCUGAACAAAUAACGACAUAAUGACAUCACAACUGUACUGUUGUCGUGCUCAAUGCAAGUGUAUUUUUAUGUCUUCACUAUUUAUAUGUGUUUAUUCCAUUUGUGAGAAAGCGACUUCUACUGACGUUAUUAACUUCCCACGCAAAUAAUUUAACCACUUUGAAUUUUACAAAUACGUUCAGUAGGCUUAUUAAUGUACACCGCGCAAAGUUUAUUUUCUUGUUAGUACUGCAAAUGUAUUAAACGAUCAAUUUGGUUGGUGA